AUGCAUGAACGGAUAAGAGCCAGAAGACAACUGGCGACCUCUCAGAGCCAGACCCACCUAUCACGCAGUAACACCACAACCACCAGCCCCUCACACAGUAACACCACAACCACCAGCCCCUCACGCAGUAACACCACAACCACCAGCCCCUCACGCAGUAACACCACAACCACCAGCCCCUCACGCAGUAACACCACAACCACCAGCCCCUCACGCAGUAACACCACAACCACCAGCCCCUCACGCAGUAACACCACAACCACCAGCCCCUCACGCAGUAACACCACAACCACCAGCCCCUCACGCAGUAACACCACAACCACCAGCCCCUCACACAGUAACACCACAACCACCAGCCCCUCACGCAGUAACACCACAACCACCAGCCCCUCACGCAGUAACACCACAACCACCAGCCCCUCACGCAGUAACACCACAACCAGCCCCUCACACAGUAACGCCACCACCAGCCCCUCACACAGUAACACCACAACCACCAGCCCCUCACACUGUAACACCACAACCACCAGCCCCUCACACAGUAACACCACAACCACCAGCCCCUCACACUGUAACACCACAACCACCAGCCCCUCACGCAGUAACACCACUACCACCAGAAUAAAGGCUACACUGGCUGUUGACAGCUGUGGACCUGAAACUGACCUGCCUCUCACCAAGACUGACCUGCCUCUCACCAAGACUGAUCUGCCUCUCAUCAAGACUGACCUGCCUCUCACCAAGACUGCCCUGCCUCUCAUCAAGACUGACCUGCCUCUCAUCAAGACUGUCCUGCCUCUCAUCAAGACUGAUCUGCCUCUCAUCAAGACUGACCUGCCUCUCAUCAAGACUGACCUGCCUCUCACCAAGACUGACCUGCCUCUCACCAAGACUGACCUGCCUCUCACCAAGACUGACCUGCCUCUCAUCAAGACUGUCCUGCCUCUCACCAAGACUGACCUCCCUCUCACCAAGACUGACCUGCCUCUCAUCAAGACUGACCUGCCUCUCAUCAAGACUAUCCUGCCUCUCAUCAAGACUGACCUGCCUCUCAUCAAGACUGUCCUGCCUCUCAUCAAGACUGAUCUGCCUCUCAUCAAGACUGACCUGCCUCUCACCAAGACUGACCUGCCUCUCAUCAAGACUGACCUGCCUCUCAUCAAGACUAUCCUGCCUCUCAUCAAGACUGACCUGCCUCUCAUCAAGACUGACCUGCCUCUCACCAAGACUGACCUGCCUCUCAUCAAGACUGUCCUGCCUCUCACCAAGACUGACCUCCCUCUCACCAAGACUGACCUGCCUCUCAUCAAGACUGACCUGCCUCUCAUCAAGACUAUCCUGCCUCUCAUCAAGACUGACCUGCCUCUCAUCAAGACUGUCCUGCCUCUCAUCAAGACUGAUCUGCCUCUCAUCAAGACUGACCUGCCCGACUUCCUCAGCAAGACAGGAUUUCAUGGGGCCCUCAUGCCCCCGACCAUCAAAUAUCACUGCCAUUACAUCUCCUCCAUCGCUUCGUCCCAGCGUCUGAGGCAGAGCACCGGGCCAUCCUCCGCCCUUCCUCAGGCCCCGCCACCCCACCGUGGCUCCCCGGACAUACCCAGCUCUGCUCUGCACCCUCCCGGGCCAUCCGUUGCGCAUUCCACCCACAGUUGUAGCUCGGCGGUAGCUGGGAACCGGCAGCCCUCCGCCCCAACCACCCUGGACAUUCCGCCACACCACCCAACGUGGCUCCUCGGCUGUCCUAGCCGGCUGCCACCACCCAGUCAAAGUACAACCACUGCGGCCUUCCGGACAUAG